AAUUAUAUAUAUGUAAUGUUUAGAUAAAUAUAUGUCAGAAUCCGAUAGUUCAGAUAUUGAUACUAGUUCUGCGGACAGUUCAAUAAAAGUUGAAAAUUAUAAAUCUAGGAAAGAAUUAAAAGAGGCAGUUUUAAAAGACGCUGUAAAGAAAGAAUUUUUAGAGCAAACUAGGAAACACAUAGUUAAAACUGAAAAAACUGUUAGGAAAAAUUUAGUAAGAACACAUAGUUUAACAGAACAGAUAGGUACCACGCCACGAAAACAAACCGUAGGUCGUUUAGGUACUAGGUCAGACUCAAGCGUAAUUCACAUGCAGUUAGAGUCAGUGGUUAAGAAAAAAACGAGUAAAAUGGAUUUAGAUAAAGCAAUUGCUAUGAUACCUAUUUGCACGGGCAAAAAGGACGUAGCUGAAUUUAUAAAUAUUUGUGAAAUCGCAAUUAAAGAAACAACGGAAGCAGAUACACCGAUAUUAUUAAAAAUAAUUACUUCUAAGUUAACGGGAAAUGCGUUAGAAGUAACAAAAUAUCGAAAUUUAGAAACAUGGGGAGCAAUAAAAACAAUAUUAGAAGGGGCAUUCGAACAAAAAGUAUCGGAGAGGGCCCUAUCAAUAGCUUUAAACACGGCACGUAUGGCCGAGGGAGAAAGUGUAGCAAAAUUCGCUAGUAGAAUCGAAGAGUUAUAUUAUAAACUCUGCGCGGCAAGUACGGUAGGUCUAGCUCAGGCCGAGGCAGAUAUAGUGAAAAAACAAACAAAGAAACAGGCAAUGAUCAUAUUUAUGACAGGGUUACCUCAUCACCUAUAUACAGUACUGAAAAGUCGAAAUCCCAGUACAUUGGAACAAUGUUUCAAAACGGCGAUCGAUGAGAUGCUCGAAUAUGAGUCAAAAGUAGAAAUGGACAAAUUGCAGAGACAAAUCGGUAAUGGAAACAGGCAGACGUCAAUAACGAGGAAAAACGACAAAAUGGUGGUAAUACAAAUAACGCAGUUAAUCGCGGAGGAAACGGUAAUUCAAAUCAAAGCAAUAGAAAUAAUAAUUUCAACGGGUAUAACAACCGAUAUGUUAAUCACAACAACCGCAAUAACUAUGGGAAUAAUAAUCAGAGCGGAUAUGGCUCACACAUGGUUAAUCGCGGCGGUCAUCGAGGCGGAAACGGCUAUGGACGGAAUUUCAAUGGCAAUAAUGUACAACAAAAUAAUAUUAACCGAGGCACCGGAUGCUACACUUGUGGUAGAUCUAAUCACAUAGCACGAGAUUGCUGGAGCAAUCGACCUAAUGCGCAACAAAAUACGUAUAACAAUAAUCGUGUAAGCGGCACGCGCCAUGCGAACAACAGCAAUAAUGUUCGUAGGGACAAUAACAAUACUCAGGGCGUACUUUGCAGUUACUGCAAUAAGAUAGGUCAUGAAAUUUCAAGCUGUUAUACAAAACAGAAAAACGAAAGAAGCACGUCGGGAAACGCCAACGGACCAUCACCAGUGGGAGUCAGAUUGGUCCAAGAAAUAGUUCAAGACC